AUGAUUGGGCUUCUUAAACGUGCUGCAGCCCUUUCGGCUUUAGCAAAUAUCGUCGUUGGCCAAAAUUCCACUCGCUAUUGCGAGGAGUUAACCGGAAUAUGCUAUUCAUCAUACGUAAACAGCGACGGUAUAUACUAUCGCGUUGCUCUUCCUAAUAACUCGACAACAUCAGACGCUAUCCUCGAGAUCGUCUCGCCCGUCAAGUAUAACUGGGCCGGGUUAGCUUGGGGAGGACACAUGACAGCCGACCCUCUCACGGUCGCCUGGCCAAAUGGAACGGGAGUUGUCGUCUCAUCGCGCGCAGCAUCAAUUUACGGUGUCGUUCCGAACACUUAUGAUGGUGCGGAGUAUACAUACUUGAAGGGGACAGGAGUCAACAGUACACAUUGGACUCUCACUGUGCGCUGCAAGGGGUGCACUCGCUGGACUCUCUUUGACAGUGAGAUUGCUGUUGAUGGAGGGAAUGAUACUAGCCUGGCAUUCGCGUACUCAUCAGUCCCAGUUGACAACCCGGCGAGUAACACCUCAUCUUUUCACAUGCAUGAGGUGCAUGGAUCUUGGGUUCAUAAUUUGACAAUGGCAAAGACAAGUAAUUCCGAGUAUGAUGGUUGGGUUACGAGUAACACGCUGCCAGCGUUGAAGUGA